GAUCGUCCAACCUGAACGGAAUACAAGCACAUCAUAAACCAACUUCAAGACUUAAUGCUACCUUUACAAUGAAGCAGUGGGUGAGUGAUUUGACACUGAGUGGGACAUGAGGACCAUACUCCCUAUUUGGGAGUGUGGAAGAGGCUCAGGGGGAGAGUCUCGGGACCUUCGCAGUAAAAUGGGCCUCAUCAGAAAGCGACUUUGGCUCCGGAGAAACCUCAGUGAGGAUAUCCACACGGACAAUGAGCCUGGCGUUUUGCUACAGAGGUUUCAUUCUCUGGAUCUAGACCAACAGUAUGAGGACCCAGUGCAGGAGUGGGGUGAGGAGGAGGACAAUGGUGCAGUUUUCGGGAUCACUCUUCGUCGGGACCCUGUUGUUCCAAGUCCUGAGUCUCCAGACCUGCCCACAGUAUUCUCUUUCUCCCAGUACCACACGGUGAAGCUGCGCAGGCUGAAGGCGGCCUCUCUAGACCGCCUCAUCUCUCAUCUUUUAGACCAUGAAAACCAAGAAGCGGACUUUGCUCGGGUCUUCCUGUCAACCUACAGGGCCUUCACCUCCUCGACUGACCUCAUCGAACUGCUGUUUCAGAGGGAUGAAAGCAUGGUCAACUCUGAUAACGCCGUUUGCACUCACAGUGGCCUGUCUCCAUUGGUGCGCCUGUGGCUGGAGGAGUUCAGUGAGGACCUCCAUGAACCUCCCCAGUACCCGUCCCUGAAGCUGCUUGGAUCCAAACUCAAACGCAGGGUCUGCUUUCGACGCUUGGCCCAAAAGGCUGAAAACCUCCUGAAGAGACUGCAGGAGCGAGAUUGUUCCCAGCUGUCAUCACUGCAACUGAAUGAUCCAUACCAAGAGGACGUGUUGGACUGUUCAGGGAAAGACAAAACCCUCUUGGACUUUCCUGUGAGAAAAGUGGCAGAGCAGCUGACCAGACUGGACGCGGAGCUGUUUGUCAAAGUGAAGCCUUACCACUGCCUCGGCUGUGUUUGGUCUCAACGCGACAAAAAGGAAAACCGGAAUCUGGCUCCGACUGUCCGUGCCACCAUCUCACAGUUCAACGCCGUGACUAACUGCGUCAUUACCUCUCUGCUGUGUCCCGCGACCCCAUCCUCCUCCUCUUCUCCAAAUGCAUCGCCGCGCUCCUCUAUGAUCUUCGUCUCCUCCCCCUCGUCCAGCCCACGCCCCUCUCGGAGCUCACACACUAACUGUGUCCACCGAGCGCAUGUUAUAGAGAGAUGGAUCGCUGUAGCACAGGAAUGCAGAGAGCUGAAGAACUUUUCCUCUCUCAGAGCGAUCCUCUCAGCACUUCAGUCCAACGCUGUGUACCGCCUCAAGAAGACCUGGGCAGCAGUCAGCAGGGAGAGCCUGGUUUUAUUCGAACAUCUCUGCGAGAACUUUCCAGAUGAAAACUUUGUGCUCAGGAGUCGAGAGAUCCUUGCUGAUGAUGGCAGUGCUAUUCCUGGUUCAAAAUCACCACAGCUCAACCCGAGAAACAUGGCCCAUUGCAGUGGUAUUGUCCCAUAUUUGGGCACUUACCUAACCUUCCUGACCAUGCUGGACACCGCCCUCAAUGACACAGUGGAGGGUGGACUCAUCAACUUUGAGAAACGUAGAAGAGAAUGUGAGAUUCUUACUCAGAUUCAGCAGCUCCAGGCUUCUUGUUCUCUCUACAGUUUCACAGUGGACGCAGAAAUCACCAACUGGCUUCAAGGUCACUCAAUUCUCACUGAUCAAGAGAGCUAUGACCUGUCUCGUGAACUGGAGCCUCCUGUUGACCCAUGUCCAUCUUCUCCAAAUUUGUGGGGCCACCGCCUUCGUACAAAGAAAAUAACUCUGUUGCGAUCAGGCAGUGACCGCUCUUCUCAAAGGACUUGCUCAGAUCAGAUCAGUGUUUGCUCCUCCGGCUCCAGCAGCUCAGACCUGGAGGAGCUCAAUGUGCCCAACCCUUAUCCACUCAGGCUCAAACUCAAGUCUCUCUCUGGCUCUCUUCACAACGUUGCUGAGGACCUCUCCAUGUGUCCCAGUUUGUCCAGUUCGUCUGGCAGCUCGUCUCAGCCAGACCUGAGCCUGGCCUCUCUAGAUCCCAGUCCAGACUCCCACUCCCUUGGUCCCUCCGACUCCCUUGGUCUCUCCGACUCCCUUGGUCCCUCCGACUCCCCUGGCCCCUCACGUUCCUCCCACUCUCCACAGCUGUGCUUUAAUAAACAGGUGGAUGACUCCUGCAUUAUCAGGGUCAGUGUGGAGAGUAUCAGCAAUGGGAACAUCUACAAGAGUAUUCUGCUGACGAGCCAGGACCACACCCCUCAGGUCGUGCAGAGAGCUCUGGAGAAACACAACAUGGAGGAGCUCAGCUGCAAUGACUUUGCCUUCUACCAGAUGCUCAGCAAUGGAAAAGAGCUCCACAUUCCUGACAAAGCUAACGUCUUUUACGCCAUGUGCCCCAUGGACAAUUACAACUUUGUUUUACGACCACGAUGGAAGAACCACCAGAAACGCUUCGGUUCACCCUCCAGUUCUAGGUCUAAUCACAAAACUCGCUGUAGCAGAUGAAAAGCAAUACUGUGGAAUAUUUUAACAAUAAGACUGCAACUUUUCAGCAGAAAGAUGAAGACACUAUGUCCCUGCGUAGCUCCUCUAUAGUCUGUAUAAAGAAGUGGACUAAGUGAGUGUGACAUCACUCAAAUGAGGCUCAUUGAGACGUGCAGUGGCCAGUUUGGAGCUGAGUUCCAACCGCGAGUAUCAUAGGAAUCGAAGGACCAAACCGGAGUCGGGGUUUAACAGGGAAGGCACACUGUCAAUCAAACAUGUUGCUAACUCUAGCGGAGGCAAUCUUGGGGAAGGAAGGCACCCGAUUUGUCUGUAUGUUCAUAUCUUGAUUUACAGACAAACGUGUGAAAUAAAAUCAGGCGCUCAUGCUCAUUUCCUAUUUGAAACGCGGUUUGCAGGUUAGCUAUGUCCAUUUAUAUAUACAGUCUAUGAGCUUUUAUUAAUAUGCUCAGCCACAUCAGGCUUCGAAACUAUAAAAUAAAGUUUUGAACACUGAACUUGCCAUAGGAGCUUACAGUGAUUUACAUAGUGAUAAUAUUUCCUUCCAGUUAUCCACAUUUUGGAAAUGUCUUGUCAGUUUUGCCACUAGCAAAAUACACUAAAAAUUAAACGUCAACUCAGUUAAAUAUAUCUUGUCAUAUUUUUCCAUUUUUAUAUUUAUACAAAGCAAAUUAUUUAAAUAAAAAUAAUAAUAAUAAUUUAAAUAAAUAGGAAAAACUGGCAUGAUUUAUUUAAAUAGGGUCAACACUGUAUUUAGUGUGUGUUUGCACAGUCCUUGUCUUGCCAUUGUGUUUUGAUGAAGUAUUUAACGCAAUGUAUUUAAUGUCAAUAAUAUAAACUAAUAUUAUUUAUUGCAUAUCAGUAUUCAGCAUAUAUAUAUUAAAAAGAAAUAUAAGGAAAUGGGCACAAGUGGUUACUGUUUUCAAUCACAGCCUCAAUAGUUUUGUAAAUAAGAUGUAAAUCUAUUUCAAAAAGCACAACUCUAGUUAGUAUUUUUAGAAAUGAAGGAUCUGCUACUAGUAUUCACUUAACCACUUUAUUGACCAGUGUAUUUUUGGUUGUAACAGCAAAACAUAAUGAUUGCUGUGAAAGUAUGAAGAGAGUCUCCGAAUGUGAAAACUAAAUGUUCUGGAUGUUGAAUUAUUGUGUGAAGCAUUGAGUCCAGUGAUGCAAACUCGUCUUCAAACCCAUAGAGAUGUAACAGUCUAAAGUUGAACGGUUGAAAUGCACCUACAAGGGCAAAAUAAGCUAAAGUUGUUGGGUUUGGAGGUAUUGCGUCACAAUAUUUAAUGCCUUUUAAACAUGAACAUGGUAACUUAUUGGCAGCUGAAGUAAAUGAAGGAUCUGUGGUGACUGUCUUUGUAUCUAAACUU